GAGCCUCGCCCAGGAUCCCUCUGGCUCCACCAAAUGCUGGGGACCAGCUCCCCCAGGCUGAAGGAGACAAGUCUGGACCAGAAUGAGGCCCCAGUGAAAACGGCCGCCGCCUGAGAUUCAGAUCAUGUACUUGUACAGGUGCCUGGCGCCCGAGGAGAGCUUCUGGCCUCAGCCACUGCCCUUCACCUGCACCCACCUGCCCGCCUCUCUGCUGCUGCCCCCCAUCCAAGCCCACAAUUUCUGCAGCCGACCCUGGAGCCUGAGCGCGGGCAAGUGGACGGCCCCACGAGAAUAUCACUGCUUCUACGGCCCAGGCGCAUCUCUGGCCGCCGCACCGCCUGGGUGGGCCUUCCCGCCUGUCUACGGCCCGGCCCCGCGCCCCCUCUUCCUGGCUGCCAGCGUUCCGGGUCCAUCUCCGCAGACACUCGCGGCGGGGGCCAGGGCGGAGACGACCGAGGAUGAGAGCUGGGCGCCUUGGCCAGAGGGCAGCAGCCUGGACACCGAGCUGCACUGGGGACGUGUGCAGCGCGCGCAGGGCCCACGCCUCCAGCUGCCCGAUUUCGUGCGCCGCGAGUUGCGGCGCGUGUACGGCACGUACCCGCGCACUGACGUGCGCGUCACCCACCGCCGCGGCGAGUUUCUGCUGCAGGCGGCGCCGCGCGUCGGCGAGCCAGAGUACCGCGUGGAGAGGCGCGUGGUGCGCCGGCCCGCCAGCGCCAAAAGCGGCGGCAGCUCAGCCCGGAAGGCCGCGGAGCGCGACCGCCCCGGGAAGAGGAGAGGCCUGAGCUGAUGGAGCCGCCGGGUCGGGCGACCGGCCGGCGAGAACGCGUGCGCCUCUCCUUGCGCCUGCCGCCGCCAGCCGGCAGGACAGAGGCCGCACAUGUGCCCGGGAGCCGGGUGCGCCUCACCUGUCUCUGGUUUUUUCCAUGACUGCCCACCGCCCCCACUCCUGCACUUCCUUAUUUUCUUUCGUGUUAUUGCUGGACGUUGGGGGAGGAUAUCUCUGGGUGUUCUAUUCUUUCCUUUUUGAGACUUAAGAAACGGGGAGUGGGACCCUUCGUUUCCUCCCUCCUCCCAUCUUCUCCUAAAAAGCCUACUCUGCUGUGAGCCCCAACUUUCCCCUCCUUUACUCCCUCUGCUAGAGCUCCCCUACUCCCCACACAGCUGAGGGAGCUACUUGAUCCCCAGCUUGUAAAGAAAAGUAAAUAAAUGAGUGAGUCAGGUUACACUACGAGAUCAUUUUUAUUUGUGGGGUGGUGUUUCCUUAGUGUAAAGGGAGCUUUACGUCCCUCUUUGGAAUACAAGAAGGUAAGGUAGGGGCUGGGGAGUGGGUUAAGUUAUAGUGGCCCUCUGGAUUAAGUGUGCACCCUGACCACUGGGACUACCUCCCCUCUUCACUUUCCCUCCAGUGUGCAGGCCAACACCUAGGCUUCAUUGGUUCUGUGGACCACCAUCUACAGAUUCUGAGGGCAUAAACUAUGUUGUUGAAGUGUGGAAGGCCAGGGAAGGGAUGCCUGAGACCUGAGUUUAGGGCUGGCUUUGACAUUUUCUACCUUGUAACUUUUUUUUGAGACAAAGCCUCAAGCUGUCGCCCAGGGCAUCACAGCUCACAGCAACCUCCAACUCCUGGACUUAAACGAUUCUUUUGCCUCAGCCUCCCAAGUAGCUGUGACUACAGACUCGCCACAAUGCCCAGUUAUUUUUUGGUUUUAGUUGUCAUUGUUGUUUGGCAGGCCUGGGCUGGAUUCGAACCUGCCAGCUCUGGUGUAUGUGGCUGGUGCCUUAGCUGCUUGAGCCACAAGCACCGAAGCCCCCCCCUUUUUUUUCUAUGCAUGUAAUAUUAACUACAUAAAAAGAAUG